UUAAAGUUCCAUAACCUAGAGUGACUAGAGUGAAUUUAAUUCAUUGCUGCCUCGCCUGCUUGCGUACCUGUCGCCGACAGGCAGUAUACUAAGGCAGCCCUGCGUUCCCGGUGCUCGGAGCUGAACACCGCUCGUCGGCUUUAUAUUGGUCCUCAUCCUUCCUGUCUUGCUAAAUGCAUCGGUUUCCAGUUGUAGAGUUGAGCCUCCUCUUCGAACCUCUUUCCAGUAAGCCAUGAUGGCUUCGAAUCACUCGUCACUCGAGUAUUCUCUGAACUCAUUUGGUCCUACUGUCCCAAACGAGUUUGACUUCACUAUCCUCUUCGAAAACACUAUACUCUCUAUCCUACCAUCCAGUCUACUACUCAUUGUGCUUCCAUUUCGAAUAUUUGCCCUCUAUGGAAAGUCUAGGAAAGUAUCGAAAAGCUUCCUGUACGAGAACAAGUUGCUGUUUCUCAUGGCAUUUGCAUGUAUGCAGACCGCACUUCUAAUAAUGACUGCGGCAAUUCCAAUUCUCAGAAAUCCCUCGUCAAUUGCUGCCGCAUCUCUCACGCUGGUGGAUGCUGUUGGCUUAUGUCUGUUAUCCCAUAUGGAACAUAUGCAUUCGAUCAGACCGUCGGCAAUAAUCAAUGUCUAUCUCAUCAUCACGCUCCCCUUUGACGUCGCCAGGGCCAGAACUUUCCUGACACAUGAGACGACACAGACAUUUGGCGCUGUGUUUACCAGUGCUCUGGCCAUAAAAGUUUUGAUACUCAUUUCAGAAGCGAUUGAAAAGCGGAAUAUCCUGCUAGACCAGUAUCGCUACAUUUCUCCAGAAGUUACCAGUGGAAUCUACAACAGAUCUUUCUUCUUUUGGCUCAACCAUUUGAUGCGGACUGGGUUUUCCAAGGUUCUUGCAAACGAUGACUUGUAUCCUAUUGACGACGAUAUGGCAUCGGGUGUUCUUCUGGCUCGCGCGGACAUGGCGUGGAAGUCUGCCAAUCAAGAGCGCGCACAAGCACUAUUUUGGGCCAUGAUCAGGGCGAACAAAGCAGCUCUCUUGUAUUGCGUCUUUCCUCGAAUAUGUAUGAUGGGAUUCCGUUACGCACAGCCAUUCCUCCUACAACGAUCAAUUGAGUUUGCCAACAACUCUAAGGACCCCGACCGAGUUGGCUGGGCGCUGACCGCAGCUUUCGGUCUCGUCUUCUUAGGAUUAGCAAUUUCGAGUGGCUCUUACUACCACAUGAACUACCGCUUUGUCACAUCCACACGGGGAUCGCUCGUAGGUCUCAUCUAUGCGAAAACCAUGGAUCUGAGUAUAACCGCUCUUGAUGAGUCCGUUGCUGUGACGUUGAUGUCAAACGAUACAGAAGCCAUAUGUCAGUCUUACCGGACUCUUCAUGAGUUUUGGGCAGUUCCUAUUGAGCUAGCUAUAGCACUUUUCUUGCUCCAUCGGCAACUGGGACUUGCAUUUCUGGCCCCUGCAGCUGUUGCAAUUUUCUCCACGGUCGGAAUUUUGGCCAUGGCAAAAUAUAUGGGCCGGGCACAGAAAGUAUGGAUGGAGGGUAUACAGACGAGAGUAGACGUUACAGCUUCUAUGCUUGGUUCGAUGAAGCCAUGCAAGAUGCUCGGAUUUUCUAGCAUUUUAACCGAUGUCAUCCAAGGUCUGCGGGUUACCGAAGUGAGAUUAUCGAAUAUGUUCAGAAGACUUCUCUGUGUGCGUGUGUUUUUAGGUAACAGCACUUCAACACUUGCACCACUAGCAACGUUUGCGAUAUUCGUUAUAAUUGCCAGUACGACUGGCCAGACCUUGAAUACGUCCUCUGCCUACACGGCACUGUCGCUGAUUACACUGUUGGCAGAGCCGAUGAAUACCUUAGUGUUGUCAGUUCCUUUGUUGAACGCUGCGAUGGCGUCAUUUACCCGUAUACAGACCUUCUUAAAGUCAGACGCACGGAAAGACCACCGACUACCCCUGGUAAAACCUCUCGAAAGCGGUAAAACUUCUUCGAUGUCGAUAGAGAACGGGGACAUCGAGCUCGAGGGGCUCAAAUCGACCACUCGGGAUUCAUCGUCGACUCUGUUGCUAGCUCAGAAUGCUACUUUUGCAUGGAGUGAAGGCGGUGUACCUGCUAUCCAAGAUCUUAACUUGAUCGUGCCACGACAUCAGAUAUGUUUCAUCAUAGGGCCUGUCGGCUGUGGCAAGAGCACGUUGCUGAAGGGUUUGCUGGGCGAGACUCCUUCAUCCCAGGGCUUUAUCUACAGCGAUUCGCCCGACACAGCGUUUGUCGAUCAAACUUCAUGGGUAAGGAACGGCACUAUCCAGCAGAACAUAUUGGGUAUUUCAGCAUUCGAAGAGCCUUGGUACAGCAAAGUCGUCCAUGCCUGUGGACUGGAGGGCGACAUAGCGAUCCUCCCUAAAGGUCACGCAACACCUGUUGGGAGUGCAGGGAUCUCGCUGAGCGGAGGGCAGAAGCAGCGACUGGCUCUCGCGAGAGCACUGUACGCUCGGAAGGAGCUCAUCAUCAUUGAUGAUGUGUUUUCUGGCCUCGAUGCGUCCACUGAGGAUCACAUCUGUGCCUCUCUUCUUGGAAAAGAUGGUCUGUUCCGAUCGAUGGGCAUUACUGUCCUGUUGGCAACCCACGCUGUGCAGAGACUAGGUUUCGCUGAUCACAUUGUUGCGCUUGACUCCACCGGGCAUGUAAUUGAACAAGGAUCGUUCCAGAAUUUAAGGAGCGCGGGAGGCUACGUCCAAAGUCUUGCAUCGAAGCUAAAAAGUGAGGGAACUGCGAAGGCCAGCGAAACAGGAAAUGUAGCUUCUCCAAAAGUUGUUUCCACUUCAGCAGAUGGAGAGCUGGACAUAGCAGAAGACGAGCUGAACAGGCAGUCCGGUGAUAUCGCAGUCUACAAAUACUAUUUCAAGGCCACCGGAUGGCCGAACACCGUGGCAUUCUUCGGGAGUGUGGUGAUAUUUGGUGUUGCAACAAAGAUGACGGAGUUCAUGUUAACCUACUGGACGAAGGCAGUUGAAUCCAGGGGGAAUGAAGCCAACGGAUUCUACUUGGGCCUCUACGCCAUGCUUGCUAUUACGGGAAUGCUUGGACUUUGUGUUUCUGCCUACAUUCUCGCUCUGAGGAUGGUGCCUAGCAGUGCACAGCUCCUACACGAGAGGCUGCUCAAUACAGUUAUGGGAGCACCACUGUCAUUCUUCACCACGACGGACACUGGAAUCACUACCAACAGAUUCUCCCAGGACAUGACAAUUAUUGAUACCGAGCUCCCGUAUUCUCUAAUCGACUUCUCGUUGUCCGUAAUUGUUACUAUCAUGGGUGCCAUCCUUAUGUGCCUCUCGGCAGGUUACUUUGCCAUCACAGUGCCACCCAUCAUUCUCUUGGUCUGGAUCUUGCAGAAAUAUUAUCUGAGAACCUCUCGUCAAAUGCGUCUUCUCGACCUCGAAGCGAAAUCUCCGUUGUAUUCUCACUUCAUCGAGUCUCUUUCAGGGCUCGUGACUAUCAGGGCUUUCGGCUGGGGUGAGAACUUCAAAGAACGCAAUCUCGCCUUACUGGAUAUAUCUCAGAAGCCCUACUAUCUUCUGUUCUGCAUCCAGCGCUGGCUGGCACUUGCCCUCGAUCUGAUGGUCACGAUACUCGCAGUAAUCCUCAUGUCUCUCGUCGUCAAACUUCGAUCCGAGAUCAGUGCAGGAUUUGUAGGUCUCGCAUUACUAAACGUGAUGAGUUUCAACGAAUCCCUAGCCAACAUUAUCAAGACUUGGACUAUGCUCGAAACAUCCUUGGGAGCUAUCUCACGCCUCAUCGCCUUUACCGGACACACUGCAUCUGAGAACUUCCCAGGGGAGAAUCAACUUGUUCCCGAGAACUGGCCUAUGCAUGGAUCUAUCGAGAUCAAGAACGUAUCGGCAUCAUAUACCUCUGAUGACAAUCUUGUUAUCCGCAAUCUCAACAUGUCGAUUCGGCCGGGAGAGAAGAUCGGUAUCUGUGGACGCAGUGGUAGUGGCAAGAGCUCACUCAUUACCACCCUUUUCAGGAUGUUAGAAGUCACAGCAGACAGCUCGAUUACCAUUGAUGGAAUCGAUAUCACCAAACUGCCUAGGGAAGUUGUUCGAUCAAGGCUCAACGCCAUUCCUCAAGAGCCCUUCUUUAUCCGUGGUACCGUCCGAGCAAACGCGGAUCCUCUGCAUCGACAUGCCGACGAAGCAAUCGCUGAGGCUAUCAAGAAGGUACACCUUUGGGGUAUCGUCUCAAAGAAAGGCGGACUCGACACCCAACUAGACGCCGAAUUCUUCUCGCACGGUCAGCGCCAGCUAUUCUGCCUUGCAAGGGCGAUCCUACGGAAAAGCAAAGUCGUUAUUCUCGACGAGGCAACGAGUAAUGUGGACACGAAAUCCGACGAGCUGAUGCAGGAGGUUAUCCGAAAAGAGUUUAAGGAGUGUACGAUCAUCGCGGUUGCACAUCGCCUUGAUACGAUUUUGGGCUUUGAUAGGAUUGCUUUGUUAAGUGAAGGGGAGUUGAAGGAGUUCGAUAGCCCUCAGGUAUUGUUAAAUCGGCCCAGUGCGUUUCGCGAUUUGUAUAAGUCGUGAGCACUGGUGGAAGAAGAACCGUCAGUAAAGGAUUAGCAAUUAUGUGCAUAGAAUCAAUUUUUAGUAGAUGAGCCAAAAAUAAGUACUCCAAC